GCCGCCACUUGCCGUCGGGGAAGGUCCCAGCGCGGACAUGGCUUCGCGCGGUGCCCGCCCGGGCCCGAGCCCCCCGCGCCCGGUGCACUAGAAGAGGCAGCCUCGACGGCGCAGACGGCCGGGGCGGGCAGCAUGGAGGCAGCGCACCUGCUCCGGGCUGCCGACGUGCUGCGCCACUUCUCGGUGACAGCGGAGGGCGGCCUGAGCCCAGCGCAGGUGACCGGCGCGCGGGAGCGCUACGGCCCCAACGAGCUCCCAACGGAGGAAGGGAAGUCCCUGUGGGCGCUGGUGCUGGAGCAGUUUGAGGACCUGCUGGUGCGAAUCCUGCUGCUGGCUGCCCUGGUCUCCUUCGUCCUGGCCUGGUUUGAGGAGGGGGAGGAGACCACGACGGCCUUCGUGGAGCCCCUGGUCAUCAUGCUGAUCCUCGUGGCCAAUGCCAUCGUGGGCGUGUGGCAGGAGCGCAACGCUGAGAGCGCCAUCGAGGCCCUGAAGGAGUACGAGCCGGAAAUGGGCAAGGUGAUCCGCGCAGACCGCAAGGGCGUGCAGCGGGUCCGCGCCCGGGACAUCGUGCCCGGAGACAUCGUGGAGGUGGCGGUGGGAGACAAAGUGCCUGCUGACCUCCGCCUCAUCGAGAUCAAGUCCACCACACUCAGAGUGGACCAGUCCAUCCUGACCGGUGAAUCCGUGUCCGUGACCAAGCACACGGAUGCCAUCGCGGACCCCCGAGCUGUGAACCAGGACAAAAAGAACAUGCUGUUUUCUGGCACCAAUAUCGCAUCAGGCAAGGCCGUGGGCGUGGCAGUGGCUACCGGGCUGCACACGGAGCUGGGCAAGAUCCGGAGCCAGAUGGCGGCGGUGGAGCCGGAGCGCACGCCGCUGCAGCGCAAGCUGGACGAGUUUGGGCGGCAGCUGUCCCGCGCCAUCUCCCUGAUCUGUGUGGCCGUGUGGGUCAUCAACAUCGGCCACUUCGCCGACCCGGCCCACGGCGGCUCCUGGCUGCGCGGCGCUGUCUACUACUUCAAGAUCGCUGUGGCCCUGGCUGUGGCCGCCAUCCCCGAGGGCCUCCCGGCCGUCAUCACUACCUGCCUGGCGCUGGGUACGCGGCGCAUGGCGCGCAAGAACGCCAUCGUGCGGAGCCUGCCGUCCGUGGAGACUCUGGGCUGCACCUCGGUCAUCUGCUCGGACAAGACAGGCACCCUCACCACCAAUCAGAUGUCUGUCUGCCGGAUGUUCGUGGUAGCCGAGGCCGAAGCGGGCGCCUGCCGUUUGCACGAGUUCACCAUCUCGGGGACCACGUACACGCCCGAAGGCGAAGUGCGGCAGGGGGCGCUGCCGGUGCGCUGCGGCCAGUUCGACGGGCUGGUGGAGCUGGCGACCAUCUGCGCGCUGUGCAACGACUCGGCGCUGGACUACAACGAGGCCAAGGGCGUGUACGAGAAGGUGGGAGAGGCCACGGAGACAGCCCUGACGUGCCUGGUGGAGAAGAUGAACGUGUUUGACACAGAGCUGCAGGGCUUGUCCCGAGUGGAGCGAGCAGGUGCCUGCAAUGCGGUCAUCAAGCAGCUGAUGCGGAAGGAAUUCACCCUGGAGUUCUCCCGAGACCGGAAGUCCAUGUCCGUGUACUGCACGCCCGCCCGCCCUGACUCCAAGGCCCAGGGCAGCAAGAUGUUUGUGAAGGGGGCUCCCGAGAGCGUGAUGGAGCGCUGCAGCUCAGUCCGGGUCGGGAGCCGCACGGUGCCCCUGGAGCCUGCCGCCAGGGAGCAGAUCCUGGCCAAGAUCCGGGACUGGGGCUCGGGCUCAGACACCCUGCGCUGCCUGGCGCUGGCCACCCGGGACGCGCCCCCGCGGAAGGAGGACAUGCAACUGGACGACUCCAGCGAGUUUGCGCAGUAUGAGACAGAUCUGACCUUCGUGGGCUGCGUGGGCAUGCUGGACCCGCCGCGCCCCGAGGUGGCCGCCUGCAUCGCCCGCUGCCACCGGGCGGGCAUCCGCGUGGUCAUGAUCACGGGCGACAACAAAGGCACCGCCGUGGCCAUCUGCCGCCGGCUGGGCAUCUUCGAGGACACAGAGGACGUGGCGGGCAAGGCCUACACGGGCCGCGAGUUUGAUGACCUGAGCCCUGAGCAGCAGCGCCAGGCCUGCCGCACGGCCCGCUGCUUUGCCCGCGUGGAGCCCGCGCACAAGUCCCGCAUCGUGGAGAACCUGCAGUCCUUUAACGAGGUCACCGCCAUGACGGGCGAUGGGGUGAACGACGCACCAGCCCUGAAGAAGGCGGAGAUCGGCAUCGCCAUGGGCUCGGGCACCGCCGUGGCCAAGUCGGCGGCUGAGAUGGUGCUGUCGGAUGACAACUUUGCCUCCAUCGUGGCCGCGGUGGAGGAGGGCCGCGCCAUCUACAGCAACAUGAAGCAGUUCAUCCGCUACCUCAUCUCCUCCAAUGUGGGGGAGGUGGUCUGCAUCUUCCUCACGGCAAUUCUGGGCCUGCCCGAAGCCCUGAUCCCUGUGCAGCUGCUCUGGGUGAACCUGGUGACAGAUGGCCUCCCUGCCACGGCCCUGGGCUUCAACCCCCCGGACCUGGACAUCAUGGAGAAGCUGCCCCGGAACCCGCGUGAGGCCCUCAUCAGUGGCUGGCUCUUUUUUCGCUAUCUGGCGAUUGGAGUGUAUGUGGGCCUGGCCACGGUGGCCGCUGCCACCUGGUGGUUCCUGUAUGACGCCGAGGGACCUCAUGUCACCUUCUACCAGCUGAGGCACUUCCUCAAGUGCUCGGAAGACAACCCGCUCUUCGACGGCAUCGACUGCGAGGUCUUCGAGUCCCACUUCCCCACCACCAUGGCCUUGUCUGUGCUUGUGACCAUUGAAAUGUGCAACGCCCUCAACAGCGUCUCAGAGAACCAGUCACUGCUGCGGAUGCCGCCCUGGCUGAACCCGUGGCUGCUGGCGGCUGUGGCCAUGUCCAUGGCCCUGCACUUCCUCAUCUUGCUUGUGCCGCCCCUGCCUCUCAUCUUCCAGGUGACCCCCCUGAGCGGGCGCCAGUGGGUGGUGGUACUGCAGAUCUCACUGCCUGUCAUCCUGCUGGACGAGGCCCUCAAGUACCUCUCCCGGAACCACGUGGAGGCCUGUGUCUGUGCAGGCAUUCUCAGGAUGGUCUCGCAGGCCUGGCAUGGACAGCCGCUGACCUCUUCCCGGACCCCGAACCACACCGGAAAAGGACCGGAAGUGAGCGCUGGGAGCAGUGUGGAGUCUCCAGCACGUGCCUCAGACUGAUGGUGCCCAGGCCUUCACCCCCCACUCCCUGCACCCUGAGCUCCCCCCUGCCCACUAGGCCCUGCCGGACACAACAGGCCCGAGGCCAGAACGGCCACUCCUUGGCCCGUCUCGGGGUCUCUAUCCCCGUGUCCAGCUGACCCGGGGAGCUGUGUCAUUCACAUCUCCUGGACUCCUGGGAAGGUCCCUCCCUGGAGCUGGGAGGGGGCUGCCAAGAAACCAGAGCCUCCUCCCCCUGGAGCGUGCUCCCCCCACACUUGGAGGCGGGCAUUUCCUUGGUGACUGGUGCAGCUGUGCUGACGGAGGGCUCCUGGGACCCUUCCCUGCCUGACCUCACACUUGGUGCCCGGGCAGGGGUCUGGAGGAGGGGCUUCAGAGGGGCUGGCUGGGGCCAGCUGGGCCCAGCUGUGCAUAGCAAAGGCUGGUGUCCCCUGCACGCUGCCCCACUGUCUCCAAGUCAGCUCCUGAGAGCUCCAGCCUGUUUCUGUUUCUGUGUGCUGGGCCCCAGGGGAUGAAGAGUGGGAGGGAGGGGCCAAGAAACAGAUAGGAGGGGCUGGGUGGCGACCCCCUCCCCUGGGAGACAUCUGCCUGCCUUGCCUCUGCUCACUGCCUGGACCCAGGUUUCCUGUCUUAUGUACCAAGUCCCCUGGGUUGCCUGGUUUGUAAGCAGAGCUUGGAUUUGCCAUCCAUAUCCCAGGUGCCUGAGUCCCACAAAUGUGUGGGUGCCUGACCACUGUCCCCUUCUGUCCGCACAGCCGGGGCAGUCUUAGUCUCCAUUGGCCCAUCCCCCCCUCUCCUGCCCCCAUGAGCCGAAGGGAAGUCUCCCAGGAUGGCUAAUUCCCCGAGGCCUGUUGGGGAGUGUGUCAGAGGGUGGGAAGAUAGAAUUGUUCUUUUAACUCAGCUUUUGCUCCUUUGGCAAAAACUAGCUAGGCGUAGCAGCAGUGAGUCGUGACUCUACGUGUGUCUCUGCCCCAGCGUGUACAAAGCGAUUGUUUUAUAUGUCAGUCAAGACACCCAUCCUGGUCCAGGUCCCCAGAAUCUAAAGCCCCCUCAGCCUGCCUGGCGGACAGUGGGGCUACACAUUGCUGGGGUCCCUCCUCCCCACCUCCCUUCCCUCUCACAGGUUUGGUGGAGUGGGGAGGGGGCCACUGGGAGAAGCAGUGUCAGGGAGGCGGACCUGGGCAGGGGCAGGGCCCUGCACCCACCUGACACUCUGUUUGAUAAAGAAAUAAAGGUUGUGUGCC